AUGGCAACCCCUAUCAGUCAAAUUCCUCUCCGAAUUAAAGGUCAAACGACAUGUAUUCACCACAAGGGCAGAAAACUAGAAUUUUAUUGUGAAAAAUGUCAGGAACUGGUUUGUCCAAAAUGCCUUUCCUCUAUUCACAAAAUCCAUCCACUUUGUGAGCUAAGUGAAAUCACUCCUCAGAAAGAACCAGACAUUAAAAACUUUAUAGACAGAACAGAAAAAAAUGACCUUGUGCAAAUUGGGAAAUACAUCAACUCUACUGAUACGCUCCUUAAAGACAACACCAGUACUUUUGACAAGUUGUCACAACAGUUAAAAUUACAAACAGAUAAAUUAAAACAAGAGCUGGACAUGCUUACAGCACAGACACUCUCUUGUUACCACAAAAUGGAAGAGGAUAAUACCAAACUGAUAAAUAAAUACAAACAGGACCUUGAGAUGUACGAGAAGCAACUCAAACAACAAGUUCAAGAAUGCAAAGCAGCUCUCCAGCGUGGUUCACACAUACAGAUUUAUGAUGCUUUUUGUGAGAUCCAUUCUCCUACAUACGGUCUUCCUGUAAAACCUGUCCUAGUUACUGCCAACUUCACUCCAAAUGAAAAUCCUCAAGAUCGUUUGAAAAAAGCCUUGGGAAAAGUUACCACCUCAGGUCAAGGUCAAACUUUAACUGACCAGGAUUGGUCAGUCUCAACAUCUGAUGAUCUGGGACAACCCUUUACACAACAACAACGGUCAGGAGCAAAAGUGAAGAAAGCAGUGACAACAUACAAACUGCUGCCACAGACCGAGGUAGUGGAGGAGCGGGAGUUUCCAUGUUACAUUAGGUCUAUAUGUCCCACCACUGAUGGUCAGGCGUGGACCAAGUACCUGGACAAAUUAACUCACCUGGACAGGAAGGGUAAAGUAAUACAGAAGGUCAAAAACAAUGUCUGUAUCUAUGACAUCAGCCUGUCACCCACCACACACACACUGUGGGUCUGUGAUUAUGAAUACAGCAUCAUGGAGCUGGUAUCAGGACGACUGAAACACAGAUUCAGUACCAAGGAGGAACCCAAGUGUAUAUGUGUUACAGCCAGUAACCAUGUCAUUGUAGGGAUGACCAAACACAUCUCCAAAUUUACCACAGAUGGUAAAAUGGUGUGUACUAAAAUGGCUAAAGGGACUGGGAAACCAUUAGUGUGUUCACCACACAGGAUCACAGAGUGUCCUGUCACUCACAAUGUGGCAGUCACUGAUUUCAGUAUUGAAAGUGAUGGUGGUGAUGGAAAACGACAUGUUGUUGUGAUGGACACUGAUCUCGAGGAGCUGUUUGUAUAUAGAGGUGACAUCCCCAGUAUAUAUAACCCAACACCACAAACAGAAGGUGAACCAUUUUACCCCCGUGAUGUGGUGUAUGACAGUGUGGGGAACCUGAUCAUAGGGGACCAUAACAACUACAGGGUCCUACUCAUCAGUGGAGUUGGAUUAAAAGUAAAAUGA